UCUCAGAAGACUGUAACGCAAGUUGCAUGCAUGGUGGCCGUAUAGAAGAAUCUACUGAAAUAGGACUUCCACCUCUCCACCGUGGACUUUCUCUGUCUCUCUCUAGAUCUCCCGCCCUAUAAAGGCGUCUAGCCCGUCUCCUUCAGCUCCAGAACCUACUCCCUGUUUUUGGCGACCAGAGACAUUUGUGCUCUUGCUAGAGCUUCUCCUAGCUUAUUCACAUGUACAUAGCUAGCUAGAUAGUAGAUAGAUCCACUGUGCGAAUUGUGAUUGAUGGAGGGGUUUUCGCUGGCGCCGGCGGUGGAUGUCCCGUCCUACUUCCUGUGCCCGAUCUCGAUGGAGAUCAUGCGGGACCCGGUGACGCUCUCCUCGGGGAUCACCUACGACCGGGACAGCAUCGAGCGGUGGGUGUUCACGGACGGCCACGGCGAGUGCCCGAUGACCAAGCAGCGCCUGGGCGCCGGCGACCGCGAGCCCACGCCCAACCACACGCUCCGGAGGCUCAUCCAGGGCUGGUGCGCCGUGCACGCCGUGGAGCGGUUCCCCACCCCGCGCGCCCCCGUCGACGCCGCGCGCGUGGCAUCCCUCGUGGACGCGGCCAGGCGGAGCGGCGAGCACGAGCUCAUGGCGUCGCUCAGGGAGCUCGCGGACAUCGUCGCCGAGCGCGACUGCAACCGGCGCUGCGUCGAGGGCGCGCCCGGCGCCGUCGCGUUCCUCGUGUCCGUCGUCAAGACGCACGCCACUGCCCGCGACGAGGAUGACGCUGAUGCUGCUGGCGCCGCGGGAGAGAAGCCUUUGUUGCCAGGAUCAGCACGGGACGACACGCCGAAUAAGGCGAGCUCGCCGGACCCGGAGGAGGUGGCUUUGGGGAUCCUGCAUUCGCUGAAGCUGUCUCCGGAGAGCUGGAAGCGGAUCCUGGAGCGCGGCGACAAUUUCCUGGACACCAUGGCGUGCGUGCUGAGGCGGUGGCCAAGGCCAGGCCGAAGCGACCUGUCGCGCACGUACGGCAUCCAGCUCCUGAAAGCCGCGGUCUCGGAGAUGCCCCCGGCGCAGCUGACCUCGGCCAGCGCCGACCUGGUGGACGGGGUCGUGUCGCUGCUGAAGGCAGACAAGCAGCCGCCUUCCCCAGGGAAGAUGCAGAACAAGAAGGCGGUGAAGAUCUCGCUGCAGGUGCUCUGCCGGCUCUGCCUGUGGGGCCGGAACCGGGUCAAGGCCGUGGAGGCCGGCGCGGUGUCGGCGCUCGUCGAGCUCCUCCUGGACGACCGCGGCAGCGGCAGCAAGCGGGCGGGGGAGCUAGCCGUGGUGGUGAUGGACCAUCUCUGCGGGUGCGCGGAAGGGCGGCUGGAGCUUGUGGCGCACCCGGCGGGCCUGGCGGUGAUGGCGCGCGCGGUGUCGGCACGGGGGGUGGCGACGACGGAGAGCGCGGUGCGCGCGCUGCACGCCGUGGCGAGGCACACGGCGACGCCCGCGGUGCUGCAGGAGAUGCUGGCGGUCGGGGUGGUCGGCAGGCUGCUGUUUCUCCUGCAGGCCGGUGCCGUGGGGGACCGGCCCAGGGAGCGGGCCAGGGAGAUGCUCAAGAUGCACGCCAGGGUAUGGAAGGGCUCGCCGUGCUUCGCGCCGCACCUCCAUGCUUCCUACCCGUGUUGAUAUCACAUGCAUCUUCUAGAGCCAGGGAUCGUUCUCGUCUCAUCGAUCUAGUGUACGUUCGUUACCGCCUCGUCAUAGUAUGAUUCAUGCAUGCACGGUGGACAUCUAGAGCCAGGUUUCCCGAUGCCAUUUUUGGGUGUAAAGAUUGAGUUCCAAUCGGCCCGGGAAUUUGAUCGAUCAAAUUGAAGUGUACAUUUUGAAGAUAGCUAACAACAAUGUUUAGUUGCCUUGCACGAUGCUUUGUUUGAGUUGGUUUACGUGUUGACUUAAGUUUGCCUGACAGCUUGUAGCCUGAUGAUAGCUGGAAUCAGUAGGGAUAUUCCAAGAGAGAGGAUCGAUAUGAUGCUAAUUAAUCUGAUAGACAGAUACUCAGAUCCAUGGAAUUAAUAUAUAGAGCAAGGUCAUAACUCCGUUCGCGAUGAUAAGGUGCUAGCUAGGUGCAUGUGAGCGGGAUCAUUUUUAAUUUGCAAGAAGGGCCUGCCGAAGAUAGCAUGACACGGCAUAAGGUCAAAUGAAUUGGAACAAAGAGAGCUAAAAUUUCAGUUUGCUUAUGUAUAAAGCCAUGCAAGGUGAGUAUAAAAAACGAGCUUAGGUUACGUAGCUGGAGCUAUAUAGUUAUCCAUAUGUCAUGAUGAAUGGUUAUUUUUGGAUCGUUUCUAAUCACAAGUUGUCUACUUUCUUAUAAAUGUAAGCCCCAGGUACUCCCUCCUCCGAUACAUAACAAGAAGUGUCUUAGAUUUUGUAUUAA